GUCUCUCGAGUGUAACCGAGCCGUGUGAGUGGCCAAGACGCAAAGCGGCGUAAUUCGCCCCACAGUCGCUCAGUCAGUAGUUGCACACGUUGUGUAUUGGCAGUCUUGGAGUGGUCGGGUUGCGUCUUUGGCUUUGUGUCCGUUUUCUGAAUCCGCUCAGUAUCCGUUCGGAUCUGCAUACACUUUGCGGGUGCCCGAGUGAUGCUCUGUCCGUGACCUUUCCUUACGCCUGCUGAAGAGUUUCGAACCCUUUCGCGGCUCAGUGAGACCCUAGACGUUGCGCCGUUGCUCGAUUUUUGCAAGACAUCGUUCAUCCUUCCGUGACCGUUAACCAAGCAAAUGGCGCCUGUGUACAGUUAAUUAGGGGUUGCUAGUGAGAAAAAUGCGAUCGGCCUGCGAAUGGCAAUUAGUGGAUGAUUUUCAGUGGAAGUUAGUGGAAAACAAGAUUCGUGACGCAAGUUGUUAGCAGCAAAGGAUAGAGAAUUAGUGACUGGCUGCCGAGUGAAAGGAUAAUUUCUUGCGUACUUGAACCGUUUCGUUUCGUUCAGUUUUGACUGUUUUCACUUGUUGUCGUCCUUUGGGCUUCGCGGUGUCGUGAUUUUUGUGUUUUGUGUAAGGAUUACGCGUCACAUGAUUUACAGAGGCCACAACAAGGAUAGCAACGAGGUGCCUCUCUAGUCGCGCCGACCCCACGCUGCUAGGAAUAGUAUGCAAAUUUCCCCCUGUCCACAGUGGAUUCGAUUAAUAAAAUGGCCGUUGGACCGACGGAGGGAACAAGUCCUCCGGAAACCUUCACACACCACCACCAGAUCAUAGCACCCAGCCCGAUUCUGGCCGUGCCAACGCUCGCCUUCUCCGCCGCCCAGGUGGAGAUUGUUUGCAAAACGCUGGAGGAAUCCGGCGAUAUUGAACGAUUGGCCAGGUUCCUGUGGAGUUUGCCGGUGGCGUUGCCUAAUAUGCACGACAUUCUCAAUUCGGAGGCGGUAUUGCGAGCGAGAGCUGUUGUAGCGUAUCAUGUUGGAAAUUUUAGGGAAUUGUAUGCAAUAAUUGAAAAUCAUAAAUUUACAAAACAAUCUUAUGGAAAACUUCAAGCAAUGUGGCUCGAAGCGCAUUACAUUGAAGCAGAAAAAUUACGGGGGCGGCCUUUAGGACCAGUAGACAAAUAUCGUGUACGAAAAAAGUUCCCUUUGCCACCGACAAUAUGGGAUGGUGAACAGAAGACACAUUGUUUCAAGGAGAGAACUCGUAGUUUACUUCGGGAAUGGUAUCUACAAGAUCCCUAUCCGAAUCCAACGAAAAAACGUGAACUAGCUAAAGCAACAGGGUUGAAUCCAACACAAGUCGGGAACUGGUUUAAAAAUCGACGUCAACGCGAUCGUGCAGCUGCUGCGAAAAACAGAAUGCAACAACAUCAAAACAAUCCAGGUGGAUCCCAUGGUUCGCGCAGACCAGAUGGGGCGGUGUCUCCAGCUCCAUCAGAUACAUCAGAUUCCGACAUAUCGCUUGGCACCCACUCACCAGUACCGAGUAACCUUUCGCUGCAGCACAGUCCCGGUUCGACUUCAAACAGUGGCAACGAUCGGGAUGAAACCCUUCAUUCGGAGGAGGAGAAAGUUCGUGAUUUUACCAACUCUUUGGCAGCACAUAAUCACCCGCCAAUAUCAACAGCUGCCGCGUUCCGCAUGGAUCCGGCCAGUCUGUUUGCCAGCCGAUAUCUUCCGAAUUUCCCAGGACUCGGGGGAAUACCACAUUUCCCCAUUCAACCGACCGUGAUACGACCACAUCCCCAACUACCACCAGCCGUUAGUUUGAAUGGACAUCACAUGCAUGCGUUACCUCACCCCUAUGCAAGCUUGCCGCCUCCUAAGAUACGGGUUAAUUCGCCUGAGAAGUUGAACUCGAGUGCAGCGGCAAAUCUGCAUUUGCACCGAACUGCAUCAUCGUCGCCGACUACCAUUCAGGAGACAACGCAGCCACCACAUUCAGGACAUCAGCUGCUGCAUAGACCGUUCUCGACAUCACCGCAACCACCUCCACCGCCUGAAGUGACGUGAGAUUGUCCAAAGUGUAAAUUCGACGAAAACGCUAUUUAGCGGCAUUUUUCAUUUGAUAUUUCCCAUUUCCCAUCCUUGUAGAGCUAUGAGAUAGAUUCCCCUCCUCCAAAGCUACCGUCAUCCCUUCGUGGCGCCAGCUCCUUUCAUUCUUUUUGUAAUUUAUAUUGCAAUGUAAUUAUAUGAGAAUAUUAUAUUGAACGUAAAAAAGAUAGAGUUGCUAUUACUAUUUGCGGAGUAGAUGUUCUACAGAGGCACAAACGGAACACUACGCUCCUAUUAUAAUUAUAAUAUAUUUAUAUUUUAAGAGCACUUAACCUUAUUAGUCAUACUAAAGUGAAGUGUAAUAAAUCAAUUGAAUAAUAAAAUAUCUUAA